AUUUGUUGGAAGAUAUUUGUUUCUUUUUUGGUUAUAUUUAGAGGGAAAUCAUUUCUCACUGAUGGCCAAUUUGUGCUAUAAACCAAUAUCAAAUCCAAAAAUUUCAUUUGGGUUCGAUUGCAAUUUGGUUUACUUUCUAAACUAAAAACUAUCAUAUAUAUAUAUAGCCAAUCUAAACAACCAAUCUGUUAAGUUGACUGGACAAUUGAUCCUGGUGCGUAUAUGUUCUGCCUAGGCGCAUCAGUUAUGAAUUAAGUGCUUUAUGUUGGCUGAUGUUUAAGUUAUGAAUUAAGUGCGCAAGCUUUAAACAAUUUGAUUCUAAUCAAACAUGAGUGUGCAUUAGAUCCAGCUCGAGCUGAGGUUGUGCAUUUAGAUGCAAAAUGGGGCUUCACACUUCUAGAGUUAUAGCUGAACUAAGUUCUGUUCCUUGAUUUGAGAAAUAAUUGAUACAGCUGACUGGGAAUUGGACAUGCUCUAAAGUCAUCUUUUUCUAGGGUGGUUGAUCGUUGUCCAGUUUUCCUCAGAAAGUCUCACAUUUAACACUGCUGUCUUCAGUCUCCAGAUCUAAAAGCACCAAGGCAAUCUGAUUUUGUAUAUUUGUUAUUCAAGUGUUCCAGGAAUCUUGCGUUGAGACAAAUGAAGAAAAUUUUGACCAGUUGACUAUAAUUUUUCUCUUUUAACUGCUUGAACUUUCAUUUAGUGUUUUCUUUCAAGCAUUAUGUGCAAAUGAUCGAGUUGCUGACUGUAUAGACAACACAAAAGUCAGCUACAGCAUAGUAGAUAAUAUGCCAAUAGGCAUUUACACACUCUUGUUGAUAUUUCUCAUGAUCAUAAUAGCUAGGGACCGACAGAUUCUUCAAUAAGAUUAUAAUUUUGUUUAAUUGGUAUACCCUCUCAUGAUCAUAAGAUUUGACUUGUUUAUUUCUGCAGGAAAUGGUAUUGGUCACUGUAACCAGGGAAACAAUAUGUAUCUUUUUCCUGGGAUUGGCCUUGGCACUCUUUUGUCUGGAGCGAGGGUUAUUUCAGAUGGCAUGCUUCAGACUGCAGCUGAACGUUUGGCCGGAUACAUGAAAGACGAUGAAGUUCUGAACGGAAUAAUAUAUCCUUCCAUAUCCAGCAUCAGGGACAUAACCAAGGAAGUAGCAGCUGCUGUAGUCAGGGAAGCUGUAGCAGAAGAUCUGGCUGAAGGGUACCGCGAAAUGGACCCUCGGGAACUUCAAAAGCUCACACCGGAAGAAACCAUGACAUACGUAAAGAAGAACAUGUGGGAUCCUGCCUAUCCGACUGUAGUUUACAGAAAAGAAUGAUCCUCAUUGUUGUUCGCACGGAAACUUCUUGUGCUGAAGGUGAAAAAUUAAGAAUCAGAAAAGAUUCCAUCAGAUGUGCUAGUAACUGAGCAACUAAUGAGUCUGGAGCUGCGCGAUCAUCAACGGUUUCUAUUCAUAACGAAACAUAAUUAUUUGAAGAAAAUUUCUUUGAAUUCUUCUCACGUAUAUGAGAGUUAAUUUGAGUGCCUAAGAAAUUGUUGAUUGAUGUUGCUAUAGCUAGACAGCUAAAACUUUUUGAAAGUACAUCAUGAUAUUGAGUGUGAUGUAGCAUGAACUUGUGUACUCUGUAGAGCCGACACCCUUUCAGAGUGCCAAGGAAUUUGCCAUAAAAUGUAUCUGAGAAUCAAUGGAGAAGUAGUGGUUUAGUUUUA